UAUUUUUGCAGCAUUUCCCACUAAUUUCAUUUCUCGAACUUUCUGCGUUUAAAAGCAAAGAAGAAGACGAAGAACAGAAAGAAGAGAAAUAGUAGACAACCAUUGAAGAAGAACGAGAGAAAGAUUUCCUGCUUGCAACUGAUUCUUGGAUGGAAUCCGAGAAUAGCCGAGGGGCGACUUCUGAAACUGCUUCUGAAGUAGGGUGGUAUAUUCUAGGGCAAAACCAAGAAUAUGUGGGCCCCUAUGCCUUGUCAGAGUUAAGAGAGCAUUUCUCGAAUGGAUACUUCUCCGAAAACACACUCGUAUGGUCAGAAGGGAGGAGCGAUUGGCAGCCAUUAUCAUCGAUUCCCGAGUUACAUUGUGAAAUAUCUCCACCAGGACCUGAUUAUUCUACUGCAGUGACUUCCGACAAUGAUGAUGACUUCGCGAAAUGGCAGAAGGAGGUUAGAGAGGCAGAGUUGGAAGCAGAAUUGUUGAAGAAUGGUGCUCCAUCUGCUGAUGUUGGUGGCUUUGAUGAACUGAAACACUUGGAGGGAGAUGCUGGUGAGAGGCCUAUGUCACCACCCGAUGGUGAGGAAGAAUUCACCGAUGAUGAUGGAACUACUUACAAGUGGGAUCAUGGUCUGAGAGCUUGGGUUCCUCAAGACAAAUCAAUCAGGAGAAGUGAGCAGUAUGGUUUAGAAGAUAUGACGUACUUGAAAGAAGAAGAGGUUUUCCCCACAUUAAAGGUUGCCGAGACCUCUGUAGAAGAAAAGUCCAAUGGUAUGCCUGAUACAGAGCAGUUGGAGGGUGGGGAAACUAAGCCUGAUCUAAAGCGAAAAUUGCUUGAGAAGCAGGCUGAGAAGAAGGAAGCUAAUAAACCUCCUGAUAGUUGGUUCGAUUUGAAAGUCAAUACGCAUGUCUAUGUGACUGGGUUGCCUGAUGAUGUUACUGCUGAGGAAGUAGUGGAAGUCUUUUCCAAGUGUGGUAUUAUAAAGGAGGAUCCUGAGUCCAAAAAGCCUCGAGUGAAGAUCUAUGUUGAUAAAGAAACAGGAGGAAAAAAGGGAGACGCACUUAUUACUUAUCUGAAGGAGCCUUCAGUUGCUUUGGCUAUCCAACUUUUGGAUGGGACUCCUCUUCGACCUGGUGGCAAGAUUCCUAUGUCAGUAACAAAGGCUAAGUUUGAGCAAAAAGGGGAUACAUUUAUUGCCAAGAAAAUAGAUAAGAAUAAGAAAAAGAAAUUAAAGAAGGUUGAAGAGAAGAUGCUUGGUUGGGGUGGUCGUGAUGGUGCGAAGGUUUCAAUUCCAGCUACUGUUGUUCUCCGUUAUAUGUUCACAGUUACUGAAAUGAGGUCUGAUCCUAAUCUACGUUCAGAACUGGAGGCUGAUGUUGAAGAAGAAUCUGUCAAGCUUGGUCCAGUGGACUCAAUCAAGGUUUGUGAGAACCAUCCUCAGGGUGUUGUAUUGGUCAGAUUCAAGGAUAGAAAGGAUGCUCAGAAGUGCAUAGAGUUGAUGAAUGGAAGAUG